GCGGCGAGCGCGCCGGGGAGCGCAGCUGCGGGCGUGGGGGCGGCAGGAGCCGCGGAGCCGGCACCGGGAGAGGCUGCGGCUGGAGCGGGCGGCCGAGACAAAGGCGCGGAUAGGGCCAGUUGCGAGUUUGUGGGUGUUUGACUGAAACCUGGAACCCAAAUGAGAAGAAACCUUCAAGGAACAGCUUCUAUUGACAGUGAGUCUGCAGUCAUCUGUAUGCAUAAUACGGAAUGUUCUCAACCCAGAGAUAGCUAACUGGGUGACUCCGUUGACGAGGAGUGACUGCCUGUUAGACGCCCUGAGUCAAGACAACAAUUUUUAUACCUUCCUGGUGGUUGAGAAACGAAUCUCUGUAGAACGAGAAACAAGGAAAGGAAAACAGUUUGACUUCUUCAUUAAAUUGACUGUAUAAGAUACUUGACUUCCAAGAACAAAAACAGAAGUAAUAAAAUUAUUAUUUUUUUUUGGCAUCAUUGAACAUUCAGCCUAUCAAGGAGCGUGCUUUGUGAAGCUUCCUGAGCUAAGAUUUGAAAACUUCACUGGUGCUCAUUUAUACUGUGGACUAUAAGCAUGAGUGAAUUCUGGUUGUGUUUCAACUGCUGUAUUGCAGAGCAGCCUCAGCCUAAAAGGCGCCGGCGGAUUGACCGAAGCAUGAUUGGAGAGCCAACAAAUUUUGUGCACACGGCUCAUGUAGGAUCGGGAGACCUGUUCAGUGGAAUGAAUUCAGUUAGCUCCAUCCAGAACCAGAUGCAGUCCAAGGGGGGCUACGGGGGUGGGAUGUCUGCCAGCGUGCAGAUGCAGCUUGUGGACACAAAGGCUGGAUAGCCCCUCCUCCCGUCAUUGUGAAUUUCUGUGUUUUCUCUUUUCACUCUUAAUUUUUUGUUUUUGUGAUUCCUUUUCAAAUACAUAAAAGAAGUGUGAUGGCAUCUUGUUCACCCUGUUGUGAUUCCUCCAGUGAGACGUUCUUGUUCUGCUCUGAAGAAGCUGUUGUCAGAUGAACCCUGCAUUUCCUUCAGCUGGCAUGCAUGCCUUUGGACUCACGGACUUUGGAUCGUGGCUUAAUUUUUAUCAAUUAUGGAUCUGAUCUUAGCAUGAUCUUUUUUUGUGAAUGCUAGCACUAUUUUGCUCCCCCCCCCCCCAUUUUGAAAGUUUCUAUUUCCAUCUCCAACCCUCUGCCUUAUGAGUUUGUUGGUAAGGUAGGACCUGCUAUUGUUAAUUUGUUACCGUUUCUGUAUAUUUUGGAAGGUAUGACACCCACAAGCACAAUGAUCAUUUUUAUUCAUUUGAAACAUUGAGAAUAGAUAUCUGCAUGCUUUAUGAAGUUGCUUUGGGAGCCCACGGGAGGCCAGAAAUGAGUGUUUCUUUGCUGCUGUGGGCUGAGGGUAGCUGCUACUGUUAGAGAAAGGUUAGCUGUGGCACCAAGUCGCGUCAGUUUCACACACAGACACAAAGGUAACCUGUAGCUUAUUUUAGAAUUAAAAUCUGGCAUUCAUAAGGCAUUCAUUUGGUUGUAAAUGUUCAGUAUAUUUAUUUUGAGAGCAAGGACCUGUGAACAGGUGUGGGUAUAUAUCAGAGUUGUGGUGAUGCCCUUGUCCAGUUUCAUUGCGUACUCAUUCUGUUUGUACUUGUUUUUAUUUUAAUGCAAUGGGAUCCGUUUGUUAACUCCUGGCCGGUAGUACCACCUGCAGAGUCUUUGGCUUCUCCACAGUCAGACCUGUUUAGGGGCAAUAGAAGUUAACCCAGAGCAACACAGUGACUUCGCUGAAUCGUUGCCAGUGAAAACAAUCUGUGGAGAGACUGUUUUUUUCUAGGACAGUGAUGAGAAACCUUUGCUCAGGCUCCAAAUGUUGAUUCUUCACAAAUUAUGUGUAUUUCUGUAAGUACCUUCCCUAUGAGGGUGUAGUGAAUGUAUGUUCAUUAGUCUGAUUCAGUCCUAACUGUGUUUAGUAGGAUUAACAUUUUAUGCAGCAAAUGGGACUUAAGUGAAAAUGUAGAGAGCUAAGAAAUUAGAUAAGUAAUUGAAUAAAGAGUAAUUGUUUUCUCUGCAUCUUAGUCCCGGGGUCUUAUGAACCGGGUAACUGGAUAAAUAGCCAGCUUAUAAAGGCAAACCAGGAAAGCAUUUCUCCUCCAUCAGUGCUUUUGAAUUUACCCAGUGCAGUGGGGUGCUGGAUUACUCAGUGCUUGGGUUUCUGCAAUUCGAGGCUUAAUAAGUGGCAGUCCCAAAGAGAGAGCCUGUCAAGGAAACAUUUAUGCUUAGUAAAAAAAAAAAAAAACAAACA